GGCCCAGAAAGCAGUGCUGCUACUAGGAGCCGGCGCACAGGCUAAGGCCUCUGCGCAGCGCUUCUUAAGUUCCAGUGUUCGCGGCAGUUUUGGAUUGUCUCCGGAUGUCAGCCCCGUCAAAUUGAGUACUAUAAUACAGAGUUGUGAAGGUAACGAAUGGAGCAAGCAGCUGGGGCAAGUAAAGGCGAAUUUGAAGCCAGGUCAGCAGAACUUCACAACUGCCAACCCCGGCACAGCGCAGCGAGGAGGGCUACGAACCAAUGUCUUCAGCAGGUGACCCUGUGGGCACGAAAUCACCGCAAGGUUGGCUUGACAGCCAGCGGUGUCGUCUUGCUUUUGGUCAUGGGUGCCUUCAGGCGUGCCCGGGGGCAAGGUCGUGGCCCUUCCAACAAAAGUUUGUCCGAGCGUCCACGGCGACUUGGUCCUUGUAGAGGUGCAUCUGCGGACAGGCAACUGGAGCCUUGUGCAGCGCUAUGGCAGCAGAUACAACAAAGGGACUGGCUUUUCGGCCUACCCCCCCAAAUCGCUGACGCAAUCUUGGCAUUGUUAGAUCCUCCGGAUUUGAAAGCGCUGCGUGCCACAUGUCGCCAGACUUACUUGCAGGUUGCCGCUCGCACCACCCGGCUGGUGAUGGCGCUGGACGCCUCCCCCCGCACCUGGCGCCUCGCCUCCCCCCGCCUGGACAGCAUCUACCCCGCCCUGCGCGAACUGCACCUGGUGAUGGCGGGAGAGGCGGAGGGGGAGGUGGGGGCUGGGGACGCCAGUGGCGGCAGCGACUCGGCUGCAGGCCCGGGGCCCAGCUCCGCCGCCCUGGCAGCGGCCGCCUCGCUCCCAUGCAGCCGCGCCCGCGGGGGAGGGUGGCCCACACCCCGCUCCGCAGCCGCCUCACAGCGGGGCCGGGGGGCGCGGCAGCCGGCCGGGGGCCCCCAGUCGCAACUGCUCACUGGUACCGCCAGCAGCGGCAGCAGCGGGGCUGUGUGGCGGCCGCCCUGCGAGCCCGCCUGCCUGCGUGAGUUCGUGCGCUGGUCUGCCUGCGGCCACCUGCGCUCGCUGACGCUGCUGGACCUCAGCCGCUGCGAGCAGGUGGCCAUCGGCACAGACACCUGGGCGGCGCUGGUGGGCGCUCUGGGGGAGGGGGAAGUGACGAUGCGGGUGCCCUGGCGCUGCCUGCUGCAGCACGGCGCGGCGGCGGGGGCGGCGGGACCAGGGGGAGCGGGCAGGGGGGCAGCGGGAGCGGGGCCCGGUAGCGGCUGCCCGGCCAAGGUAGCGGCCGCGUCAGCGGGUGGUGCGCUCACCUCGCCGCUGCCACCCGGGCCCAGCGGCAGUGACGGCGCGGCGGCAGGGGCGGCGUCCUUCUCGCCUCCGCUGCCGGCCGCUCCGCCGCCCCGCAGCUGCACCUGCGGCAUCUGCGGCCCCUCGCCCCCGGACGCCAGCUCGGUGGUGUCCGCGCUGCAGGUGCUGGCGGCGCUGCGGCCGCAGUGCAGCGUGGAGCUGCAGGGGCGGGGGCUGCCCAUGCGCGGCCCCGCGGUGCUGCAGCAGCUGUGCGCGGUGAGCCAGCUGGCGGGGGUGUCGCUGGCGCUGUGCGGCGUGCGGCCGCUGGCGCACCACGCGGGCUGGUUCAGCUGCCUGCGGCGGCUGCACAGCCUGGAGCUGAGGUACCGGGAGGAGCCGGGAGGGGAGGCGGCGCUGCAGCAGCUCCUCCGCGCGCUACAGCCCCCGGUGCCCCUGCGCUCGCUAUGCCUGCACCGCUCCGGGCCCCCCGGCUCGGGCUCGGGCGGGCUGCUGGGGGAGGCGGACCUGGCGGCGCUGGCCGCCCUGCCGGGGCUGCAGGCUCUUGACGCGCCCGGGCUGCGGGUGCACUCGCCCUCGCGGCUGGCGCUGCCGGGGCUCACCCGGCUGGCGCUGCGCAGCGAGCGGCUGGAGCUGGCGCAGCCGCUGGUGGCGCUGUUCCCCGGGCUGCAGCAGCUGGAGCUGGGCACGGGGGCGGGG